GGAGAUGUGGGACUAUAAAUAAGAGGGAUGAAGCCAGCAGAGAUCAGAUUCUCUCUACAGAGACCUCUACAGCACACAGAUCCAGACAUGGCUCCUACAACCACUGCAGCAAUGACCAACUCUCAGGAGCACCUCACUCUGACUCACAAGCUCAGAAAGCCUCAGGUGGAGAAGUUACGCAGAGAGCGAAUCAACAGCAGCAUUGAGCAGCUUAAGUCUCUCCUGGGUCCAGAGUUCCUCAAACAGGAGCCAGACUCCAAGCUGGAGAAAGCAGACAUCCUGGAGAUGACAGUUUGUGUCCUGACACAACUGCAGCAGCAGCGACAGCAGAAGCAUGCUGACGUCUCUCCUCUGAGCUUACCAGUCCAGACCAGCAUCAGCAAAGAGAAGAGUCCAGUCAACAGCGCUCCCUGGAGGCCGUGGUAG